GCACUGUAUUUUACCUUACGAUUCGAUUUCGGAAGUUGGUUCGUUUUUCCUGACUGGAAAUCUUGGAUUUCGUGUGCUACUUUGCGUCUCAGGCAACUCAAGUUCGCUCCAAAGUGUCGCUAAACGCGUCGGUCAGUGCGAGAAAGUGAAUUUGUUACUGCUGGAAACGGUUUUGACGGCGAAGAAGACGGGAAUCUGUCCGCGUAUCUCGGAAGUUGAUAACUGUGUGUGGUUAAUCCGAUCGUCCAUCGCGGGGAUUGGGAUUGGUGGUUAUUCAAACGUUCUCGAAGUACCGGUCUUGUUCCAGCUUUUUUCGGAAGUUACUGGGUAGCUGGCGAAGUGUUGUAGGAGAAGGAAAACGACGAAGAUCACCUUUUAUUGCCAACUGAUACAGUAUUCGUAGAAGUGUGGGGGGUAUUCGCGAGGAAGAAGUUCUGUGUGGUAAUUCCUUAAGGCUUCCGGUGGAGCCUUGGGAUAGAAAAAAAAGUGGUUAGUGCUCUUAGUGAGAAAUCCUAUCCGAUCCACUCGUUCUGAGGUGGCGGAUUUGUGCUCAAGUGUGGCCCAAAAUAGGCAAAAGCUCAAGCAAGAAGUUCCUUGAACAGUGUAACGGCAACCUAAGCGAAAUUGUCCAGGGGUCAAGCAAGUGAAGGUUGUAGUUGUGGGUGUUGUGUUAAGUGGUGGUGAUCAUUCUUUGUGGCGGGUGCUUAAUCAUCAAAAAAGUAGUAGUGGUCUCGCAAGUGAAGUGGCCAACGAGGGGGUAACUGUCUUUCCGAGGGAAUAAUUGUGUGGUUGAUUGAUUCUUGAAGAAAUCAGCUAGAAGCUAUCCUCCGGCGUCAUCAUGAACGUGAUGAACAACAGUAGCGGGGACGAGGAGCAGGUCGAAUGUCCGCUGUGCAUGGAACCGCUAGAAGUGGAUGACCUCAACUUCUACCCGUGUACAUGCGGCUACCAGAUUUGCCGGUUCUGCUGGCACAGGAUCCGGACGGACGAGAACGAGUUGUGUCCCGCAUGCCGGAAGGCGUACCCGGAGAACCCGGCCGACUUCACACCCCUGUCGCAGAAGCAGAUUGCGGCGUUCAAGGCCGAGAAGCGACAGCGGGACCAGCAGCGGAAGGCGAAAGUUUCCGAAAACCGGAAGCACCUCGCCAACGUACGGGUGGUGCAGAAGAACCUGGUCUUUGUGGUCGGACUACCGACGCGGUUAGCCGAUCCGGAGAUUCUGAAAAAGCACGAAUACUUUGGCAAGUAUGGAAAGAUUCAUAAAGUUGUCAUAAACCCUAGCACGACGUAUGCGGGAGACAAGCAAGGUCCUUCGGCGUCGGCGUACGUGACCUACUUCAACAAUAACGACGCGCUGAGGGCGAUCCAGAGCGUCAACAAUAUUAUGUUGGACGGGCGGCUGAUCAAGACCAGCUUAGGCACCACCAAGUACUGCAGCCACUUCAUGAAGAACACCACCUGCCCCAAGCCGGAUUGCAUGUAUCUGCACGAACUGGGUGACCAGGAGGCUAGCUUUACGAAGGAGGAGAUGCACCAAGGCAAGCACCAGGAGUACGAGAAACGGCUGCACGACACGAUGCAGGCGCAGUUAGGCCUGGUGCCGGCCGGUGGCGGAUCGACCACCGGUGUCUCAGUGGCAGCAUCGGUCAAUGGCAGCGGCGGCGGCGGCGUCGGAGGUGUCAGUGCCGGCGGAGUGGUGGCCGCGGCAACGGUUAACGGUGGCACCAAUGGCAGCAGCAACAGCACCGGUGGUGGUGCCGGCAAUGGCAACGGAAACGGAAACAGCAAUGGCACCGGAACCGGCACCACCACGAACGGUACAAACGGCGGCAGCACUGGUAGUAGUAAAACAGGUGAUUCUAAACAUAUUAGCGACAUAACCAAUGGACCAAUACAAAGCAAAGAAGCUUGGCCAAGCUUAUCCACUACGCCGAUCAACGGUAGCACUCAUGGCAAUGGAGGCGGCGGUAGCAAUAAGGAGAAUAAGAUUAACGGUAAAACAGCAGGCGGCAGCAACAAUAAAGAAAACGUGGCACGGAACGAUCGGAAAAACGAGAAAACCCGUACGAAAAAUGGCCGAAAGAAUAGAAACGGCCGGGAUGGCCCGGAUCGGGACCGGGAUGCGGCCAACGGCAAAGAGCAUGGCAAGGAUGGUCACAGCAAGCAGCACAACAAUGGUAACAGUCAAAACCGGAACAACAACAACAGUAAGGAUACCAAUAGUACAAUGUCCGCGGCUGCAAAGGCCAAUGGCAGUAGCAGUGCGGCAGCCAUAAUUAAUGGCAAACUAUCGGCAGCGGCAGUUUUGGCGGCCUCGACGAAUGGCGACGAUCAAAGCGCGGUCAAAGAAGCACAUAACAAUAGUAAAAACCUAUCGAAACAAACAGUCGUCAACGGAUGUGGUAGUACAAAUGGAACCACAACUACUAGUACGAGUAGUGGGGUUCCUUCUUCCGGUAAAUCGAUUCCGGUUACACAUCUAGAAGACCUGGAGGACGACGACGAUGAGUUGGACUUUGAGGAUCUGGACAAUGACGCGCUGUCGUCGGACAUCGACGGCAAGACCGAUACGCCCUCGCUGAGUGGUAGCGACUCCUCGCGAGGGGCCGGCGGCGAUAGUGGCAGCACCCUGAGCGAAACGCCUAGCGGCAAGAGCUCUCCGACUGCAUUCCCCGACCCGCUGACUGCUGUGAACAAUGUGAUAACGACCGGUACCACGACAACGGCAGCGGCCACCAUUAGCAGCAAUAGUAGCAGCAGCAUCAGCGACGGCAACGGCAAGCAGCAACCCCCCAUUGGCCUUGAUGAUCCGGCGGCCAUUUCCAACAGCAACAGUGCAGCCAUCACCAAUGGUAUUAGUAGCAGUAGUAGCAUUUUCUCCUCCGCCACCUCGACUACGUCGUCACCUUCGACGCUGUUGUUCGGAACGGUUUCAGACGAUCCGGCAACAGACCCCGUGAUAUCUUCGUCGGUUUCUUCCGCAUUGUUCGGUGGAAGCGACAGCCAAGCUCAUUUAACCACUGCAACCGUCACGACGUCAUCAUCGGCAUCGUCACCGGCGCUCAACAGACUAGAGCAGCAGCAACAGCAACUGCGUGAGCAGCAGCAGCAGCAGCAAGCCCACAACCAACACAACGGCAUGAGUAACAAGAUCAACAGCUUGCUGGACAACACCACGUCUCGGUUCGCCAAGCUCGGUAUCUUCGACGACAACAGCAGUUUCUUCUCGCACAGCGCUUUCGACCCCUACAGUUUCAACAAACUUGAUGGUGUUGUGAACAGUAAUUUGGACGGUAACCAGCCUUCCGGUCUCACAUCUUCCCAGCUGCCGGAUCUACUUAGCGGUACGAACGACAGCAAUGAGCAACACACGAAGGAGAUCCUCAAAAGUCUGGGCAACCUGCAGCAGCAGCAACAACACCAGCAGCAACAUCAACAGCAGCAGCAUCACAAUCCGUUCAACAAUUUGCAUUUGCAGCAGCAGCUGAAUGGGCUCGGCCUGGGCGGCCUGGGCGGCCAGAAUGGUGGGCUCGAAGGUCUUUCCGGUCUCGGCACCGGCAACACCGAAGACUGGGAAGCCGCUUUCAGCAAGUAUGUGAUGCGCAACAAACUUGAGGAUCACCACGAGGAGCUGUUACGCAUGCAGGAACUGCAGAAGCGUAACCUCAUCAACAGUGGACUGAAUAAUGGGCCAUUUAAUGGCUUCAAUGGAGACUAUUCAGAUUACUUUCACAACACGAACGAACUUAAUAGUAGGUUACUGAGCCAGCAGCAGCAGCAACAUCAGCAGGCUCAUCAGCGGUUACAGCAACAUCAUCAACAGCAGCAGCAGCAUUCGGACAUGAGCCACGUCUACGCGGGCAACAUGUCCAAAUUCUUCGACUUUCACAAAAACCAGCAGCAACAGCAAGCGGCAGCACAACAGCAGAACCAAUUCCUUCUCAACGGACACUCAUCGCUCGGUCCGGAUCCACUCAACAUCGCCAGCAUACUCGAGAACCCCCGGCUGAACUCUCACUUCCUAGAACAACAACCCAAUGGUUUGCUAGGCUCUCAACUGCAGAAGCAGCGAAUGCUUAACGGCCAGCUUAAUGCGCAUAGUAUCCUGUUGAACGGGGCUAAUCCACAGCAGCAGCAGCAACAGCAAAGUCAGCAGCAGCAACAAAACAGUAGAUUACACAAUCCACAACAGCAGCAACAACAACAGCAGCAGCAACAACAGCAUCAGCAAUAUCCACAGCAAAAUCCCGUCGUAGACGACGAUUUAGGUUUCGAUCCCUUCUUGGAGACCCAGAAGGCGCUGGCGGAGCUGAUCAACGACGAGAAUCAGCAGCAAAACCCAUCGGCAGCGGCGGCUGCUGCUGCACAUCACAACAAACUGCUGGAGAACGUUCAGCGGACUCGCAUGCCGCCGCCAGGCUUCAACCACAUGAAUGCCUUCGGCUUCGGAGUCCCGCGAGCGCAAGUGGCAGGAAGUAAAAUUCUACCGUUUAUGAACCUGAACAACAACGGGCAGCAACAACAGCAGCAGCAGCAGCAGCAGCAACAACAAGCACAGCAACAGAUGAACUGGGGCCAGCAACUGCAACAGCAGCAAGCACAGCAGCAACAGCAUUUUAUGGGAUUCCAGCAGCAGAAUGAGCCACAGAAUCAUUUGGCACAAUCCCAGCAGCAGAACGGACACAACAAAGCAGGUUACGGCAGCAAUUUCACCGACUGGACCUCAUUCGAUCCGGCCAUCGUUUCCUUCCGUCAGUUUUCAUUCAUGAACGGACAACAGGGCAACCAGCAGCAACAGCAGCAGCAACAACAACAGCAGCCAAACGAUCUUUUCCUUUCGGCACAACAGCAGCAACAAAACCAACUGAAUCUAACCAACCUUCAGCAAGCGGGACAAGGAUUCGGACAUCAUGGCAUUAACUUGCCGUCGAGCAUCCUGAAUCAGCAACAACAAGCGCAGCAGCAACAGCAGGGCAACCCCCAAGCACAGGUCAACUUCCCAACCUGGCUCACCAGCGAACAGAGCGCCUACAUGAACAGCCUGACGGCCGGGGGUGCCGGAUUCGGUCUAGGCGGAAACAUUCCUAUGCCGCCGGGUUUCCAGGCGGCUGCGGCAGCAGCAGCAGCAGCACAGGCGGCGGCGGCGGUCAACAAACAGAAACACGCCGAACUGAGCAUCAACUAAAUCGACUAAAUUUUUUCUUUCCCUCCACCCGUUGUCGUUUGUAGUCACCACCAUGAAUAACCAUUGAAAUUUAAUCAGGCCCCCCCAGCCUAAGCCCCGCUGAUUCCUUUCGGAGGUGUUGAUGAUUGGAUAGAAACCAAGCCAUCCGUACGCAGCAGAACGAUGAAAACAGCUGAUUGUAACUAGAUUUUCACGCCUUCUCCUUAACUGUGAUCAAAGCUUUAAUUUUCUUUUCUAAAUUGGAUAAGCCUCAGAUUAUUUCGAGUUAUUAAAAUUUAUAUUUCAAAGAAUUAUUGCAGCAGUGCGAGUAGGGUGUUAUUCACUCAAUCGGAAGCAUUUGGAAGAAUGAAUCGAACGUUGCCGAAUGAUGAGAUUUUGAACUCAAAAAUGCAUUCUUAAGAUAAAAACUAAGAAACUGAGCAUCCAAAACUCAGAAACAAAGUGCACAUCUAGGGAAAAAUGCCGUUUCCACCAGUAAUGGGGAAUAUGAAUUCUUGCAAAUGUCGUUUGGCCUAAAAAAUUCUCCAGCGAUGUUUCAAAGAGCCAUUGAUCUUUGGAGAGUACAUCGGUAGAUUUGGAGUGUUAUCAAAUAUUUUAAUUAAAUUUUAUUCAAAUUAAAAACUCCGAGAUUCUUAUAAAUCAUCUAUUUGAACAUUUUUGGUUUUCUUAAACUUUAAAAAAAAAUGUAAUUUAUUCUCAAUCUAACAAAUUUUCAAUAUUUUAUCUCUCGGUUACUUUCGUAUAGAAUUCGAUUCAAAUCGAUCUAAAAGUUCAUCGAUUGAUGAGUCUUCGUCUUUUGAGGAGGAGCAAGCAAGCAAGCGAACUACUUUAUCGUAAAGUAUGUGGAAAAGUUAACAUGAGACAGAUUUAGAUUUCAUUCUCCCAUCAAUCGUGUUCAAUUUUUUGAACCGGUACUUGAUUGGAAGGAGGAAGUCUUUCUAGGAUGGAUUUUUAUUUUUGAUUUUAUUUUCGUUUUUAAAUGCCUUCUUCAAAAACUUAUGUUUUUUUUCUUUGAAUUUUCACCGAUCUAUAAUAGUUUUUAUUCUAGAUUUUGGUCCCUAACUAUUGUCUGAAGCAUUCAAAACCAACAAUCAGCAGAACUUUCGGGGAAAAGGCAGCUUUAUUUGAUAGUGAAUUCAAACUCCAAAAACUUCAACAUAUUUUUGAAAAAUUAUUCAAAAUUUUAUAACAAUAAACUAAAAUAAUCACAAGAAACAUCAAUAUUGAAACUAAAAACAAAACUGCUUAAAUGAAGCGAUAAAAAUCAAUCUUUCCUCUGCAUGGUAUAUGAUUCACAAACGAAAAACUACAACUAAAAAAUCAACAUAACAUGAAAAAACAAUUGUAUUGCCCUAUAUUAUUCACUUAUUAUUAUAACAAUUAUACGAUUAUUCAACCAAACAGUUAUCCCAAAACAACAAUUCAUAAGAUCGAAAAUGGCGAGAAGUGAGGAAAAUGGAAAUCGAACGAACAACAAAUGUGUUGCAUUUGAAAGAAUUCAACCGACAACAAAUUGUUAUCAGUUGAUUUUAGUUGAAUGCAACAUUAAAUUUAAUUGGAUUAUCCCUUUUUCCUCCCCUUGUUGAAAAAAUAAAUAUUCAUGAAUGAAAAACAACUACAAAAGUUCAUCCUUAUGGAACAAAAUAAAAAAUACAAUACUUCAGUUUCUGUUGCUAAUGCCGCUGUAUGAAUGUUAAACUGAAGAAAAAAAAACACAAAAUCGACACUCGAAGCUGUUGAUUACAUAGGAAAAUGAGGAAAGUUAAGCUGAGCAAAUGAUGCUGAUGUCAGUUUGUUCAUGAAGAAAAAGUGAAAGAAGAAAUGAUGCUGCUUAGAAAAAUCUUACAAAGGAAGAUAGAAAGUUGAUGAGAUGUCAAUGAGACAGUGAAGAUGCUAGUAGACAAUGGUGAAGAAGCGAGAUAGGGUUGCAGACAGAUGCACACGAAAAAGAAGAAAUAUGUGAAAGACGACGAUAUAAAACAAUACCGAUCAAAAACGGAAACCUAUAAAUGAGGGGCACGUAUGGGUGUCGUAUGAAAAUAUUACGGAAAAUGCAAGAAUAUUAAA